AUGCUCCCUUUCCCCGUCGCCUUCUCCUCCCGCACCGACUCUAGAACACGACAUUAUCGCAGCACGCGCGACGUCCUCCUGACCAGGGCGCGCAUCACGAACCUCGGCUUUCUGCUACUUGCUGGCUUCGCCGCGCUCUCGUUCCUGCUGAACCUCUGGCACUACUUUACCGACCUCACAACCUAUGAACCGCAAGAGGGAAGGGGUCCGUACUCAGCCCCGAGGGGCAUUUGGGAGACGCUUCAGAGAGACAAGUCGUUGGAGGAGAUAGACCAUUUGGUUAUGGUGCCCGGUCACGCUAUUUGGAAGGGUAUGAGCGUAGAGGAGAGGCUGGAUGAAGAUCAGUGGGUGCUAGAGCCAUACCAACGCGGAGGAGGGCGUAUUUCUGCAUUCUUUGCGCAAAUUGUAGGAGGCGCAGAGCUCGCGAGGGAGGACGAGCACUCGCUACUUGUCUUCAGCGGAGGUCAAACAAGACCCUCCUCAACAACGACAGAAGCAGAAUCCUACAUGCGCCUUGCCUCCGUCUCCGACAUCCUCCCGUCCUCCCACUCUUCUUCCACCCUGCGCGCAACUACAGAAAACUACGCGCUCGACUCGUACCAAAACCUCCUCUUCUCCAUCGCCCGCUUCCACGAGUACACCGGUCGGUGGCCCUCCAAGAUCACCGUCGUCGGCUACGAGUUCAAGCGCCGCCGCUUCACCGAGCUUCACCGCGCCGCGUUACGCUGGCCCGCGGACCGCUUCGACUACAUUGGAAUUGACGCAGAUGGCGACACCGAGCUGGCGCGUCAGGGCGAGCUGCAAAACGGCUACCUGCCAUACACGCAGGACACGUACGGCUGCCACGACACCCUGCUCUCCAAGCGGCGCGCGCGCAACCCGUCCAUGCGCUUCCACCCGUACUACUCGUCCGCCCCCGCGCUCGGGCCCCUUCUGAACUGGUGCCCUGGGCGCGCGGAAGGUGGCCAGACCGCAGUGUACCCGGGGCCUCUGCCGUGGGACCACGGGACGGCCUUUGGGCGGGACUCAUAGAGUGCAAGUGCGCAUGGAUAGACCCCAAGCCGCAAAGUACGGGUCGACGCGCUCGCUCUGCCGCCGUUGUGCAGCCUCGAUGUCCGGUGCUUGCGCUGGAGCGUAGACGACCCGCCGGAACAGAGAGCUCAGAGGGAGCUCUGGGCAGCCUGCGCGGCUCUGCUCUUGGAUGGGCGUUGUCGCGCACGCGCUAAACAUCAGAGGGGGCACACCGCACCUCAAGUAUCAUGCAGUGGUCAGACAUGGGCGCAUACUGCUUAGGGUGUUGUACUUCCACUGCCAGCUGAGAAACCGCUUGUGUGUAGUUAUACCCAAUACGCCAUGAGGGGUUGUAUCAUGCGUGCCUCCGGGUGCCAUUGCG